AUGGCUGCAAUUUAUUAUUGUAAAAUUUGUGAAAAACUUAUAGUAGAUGAAGAUGAAUUACCGACAGUGGGAACUUAUUGUUCAAAGAAAUGUGAAAAAAUCUUUGAAAAAUUUGGAAGGGAAAAGGUCAGAAAAGAUCGUUUAUCGGUACAUGAUGAUGAUGAUGUCGAAGUACCAUUAUCAUCAGAAAUUAGAAAUUUACCAGCAGAAUUUGCUCCUGAUAACGGGGAAGUAAAAAAUCCUGAUCGAAAACAAAUAAAAAAGAAACUCUCAGAUAGAGAUAAUCGUAAUAGUAGUAACAAUGAAGACAAAUCUUCAAAACCUUCAAUGUUUGCUAAUAUGUUUAAUAGAAAUAAACGUGAUGGGACCGAAGAGGAAAUGAGAAGUGGCAAGAAUGAUCGUAAAUCUUUAAUUGAUGCACUUCCUUAUGACGAUUCCGUGGGAUUUUUUAGGAAGCAAGGUGAUUUGGAUUCUGCUGGAAAUACCCGAAGAGAAAGAAGUCGUUCAAGAGUAGAAGAGCCGUCUAACGAAAAUACAAUUCAAUAUAAUAAUAUUAAUCACUUAAACAACCCUGCUACUAUUGACACGACAACCCAUACACCCAUAUAUUCCCCCGCCAUCACACCUACUCCCACCAUCAUUGCUUCACCCACUCCCAUUAAUACCACCCUCACCGCCACUACCACCACUCCUAUCGUACAAAAACAAUUAAGUACAUCUUCUUCUUCUCCUCCUCCUCCUGUUGCUGCUGUGGAGAAUCAAUCACAAACGGUACCGACUCAUCAAUUAUAUCCAGAAGUAAAACAAGAUAAACAUACAGAAAAUUAUAUCUAUGAAGAUGAUAAUACAUACGAUGAGCCUCCUCCUGCUUAUGAAUCAAUUUGUCCUAAUCCUUUACCACUAACUGCUAGACCCAUCAACCCAUUGAUACCUCCAAAAUUACCUCCGAAAUUACCUCCGAAGGUUCCUAUCUCAAUGAACACUCCACCGUUGAUGAAUCAACGACCACAUUUGCAACCUCCUAAUCAAUUCUUUCCACAUAAUAAUCAACAACGUCCUUUCUUCCCUACUAUUAAUCAACAAAAUAUUUCAAAUAUUUAUGGUAGAAGCAGCAGUUGUCCUCAACAUCAACCACCGCUCAAUGUUUAUAAUUUUGGUGUCAACCAUAGUCAUCCUUCCACAUCUUCCACAUCUGCUGAUAGAUUCUUGAGUGAACAAGCAAACCUUCCCUCGACAGUUUAUCCUCCUCCAUUUUAUACAAUUAAAAAAUUUGGUAAUAAUACAUAA